AUGUUGUCUGUGGGACAUAUUGAGAGCCACCUGCUGCUGGAGCUAAAGCCUGAGGUGAUGUAUAGCUCGUCUGUGACACUAGUGGAUACGCUGAAGACAGUGUGGACACAGGCGGCCCUGGCCGCAAUGCAGAAGUCUGAUUCACUGUCUUUUCCCUUUUUCUCUCUUUUCAGGGUAUUUAAGAAGACCAGUAGCAACGGACAUAUUGCCCUGUACUUGGGCAAGAUAGACUUUGUGGACCAUGUGGAUUCAGUGGAAGCAGUUGACGGUGUUAUUAAAGUGGACCCUUCUGGUCUUAACGGAAGAAAAGUAUUUGUCUACCUUGCUUGUGCCUUCUGCUAUGGAAGCGAUGAUUUGGACGUUAUUGGGCUGUCUUUCAGGAGAGACAUCUGGAUACAGCGCAUUCAGGUGUAUCCACCUACAGGGGCAAACGCAACCAAAACCCCAAUGCAGGAAUCCCUCAUGAAGAAAGUUGGAGAGCAAGAAUGCCCUUUUUCAUUUCAGAUGCCAAUAAAUCUCCCAUGCUCAGUCUCAUUACAGCCUGGGCCAAACGACGCUGGCAAGGCUUGUGGUGUGGACUUUGAGGUUAAAGGAUACAUUGCAAACGAAGCUGACAGUGCAGAUGAUGUCAUUGACAAGAUAAGUAUACCCACACACUUUGUCAUUCAAGUGAAUGGGAAAAUCUACUACCAUGGAGAUCCAAUCAGCGUCAAGGUAAAAAUCAACAACGAAACCACCAAGGUGGUGAAGAAAAUCAAAGUUUCAGUUGAGCAGCUAACAAGUGUGGUGCUCUCAGCUCUCUCAGCUGACACUUACUCCAAGACAGUCUGCUCUGAGGAGUUUGGAGAGACAAUUAACACCAAUGCUACAUUGGAGAAGUCCUUCCAAAUAACCCCCCUGCUGGCCAACAACAAAGAGAAGUGGGGUCUUUCAGUGGACGGACGGCUAAAAGACGAGGACACCCACCUAGCAUCCACUACCCUGUAAGCCACUCUAGGAGAAAAGGAGAUGCAGGGACUCCUCGUCUCCUAUAAAGUCAAGGUCAAUAUAUUUGUUUCCGGCAGAGGCCUGCUGGGUGGCCUUUCAGGAAGCAAUGUCACUGUGGAGCUUCCUCUGAUCCUGAUGUCCCCAAAACCUGCAGCCAAUUGGAUUAAAGGCCCCCUUUAG